GGCGCGGGGGUGACGCGUGCGGCGUCGGAAGGGCGUGCGUGCGUGGGGCGCGCGGAGCUCCCUCGUCGCUGAGCGCCGCCGCCCCCUCCCUCCCUCCUUGGCGGGCGGGCGCGAGAGAGAGCGAAGAUGGCGAAGACCUACGACUAUCUCUUCAAGCUGCUGCUGAUCGGCGACUCGGGCGUGGGCAAGACCUGCCUGCUCUUCCGCUUCAGCGAGGACGCCUUCAACACCACCUUCAUCUCCACCAUCGGAAUUGAUUUCAAAAUCAGGACAAUAGAACUAGAUGGGAAGAAAAUCAAACUACAGAUAUGGGAUACGGCAGGUCAAGAAAGAUUUCGCACGAUCACGACUGCGUAUUACAGAGGAGCUAUGGGAAUCAUGCUGGUCUACGACAUUACGAAUGAGAAGUCUUUUGACAAUAUUAAAAACUGGAUAAGGAACAUAGAAGAGCACGCUUCUUCAGACGUAGAGAGAAUGAUCUUGGGUAACAAAUGUGACAUGAACGAAAAAAGACAAGUUUCAAAAGAAAAAGGAGAGAAGCUAGCAAUCGACUACGGCAUCAAAUUUCUGGAGACGAGUGCGAAAUCGAGCAUAAAUGUGGAAGAGGCUUUCUUCACUCUCGCACGGGAUAUUAUGACAAAACUCAACAGAAAAAUGAACGACGGUAGUUCGGCGAGUGCAGGCGGGCCGGUGAAAAUAACAGAAAACAGAUCGAAGAAGAGCAGCUUCUUUCGAUGCGCGCUGCUUUGAUGAACUCCUAAUAAUAGACUUGCAGCAUACCUAGAAAAAAACAAACAAACAAAAAAAACCCUUUUUCUGCUUCUUCGAAAGCACACGCGGCUCGCCCGGCCACAAGAGAUGUUACCACCAGACUGCCUGCUGAGAGCUCUUGUUUCGAACACCAAGUGUGCUGAACCCAGAAGACAGGAUUCUGGUUCACUCUGCUUUUUAUCGACAUGCGGGGGGGCUCCCUCUUCUCAGACGUGGGCGCCACGAGGUGGAAAGAGACACGCCUGUGCAGGAGCUACGUCUACAUUUCCUUCGUCACUUUUGUUUUCCCGGCCUGCUUCGGGAGCUACCGUAGUUCCUUUCCCGCCCCCCCCCCCACUCUCUCUUUCAACUGCUGUUGCACAUCUGUAUUAUCAGCCUUCCAUUGCCUGUCAGCACAGUCUUAACACUUGUUUUCUGCACAGCUUUUUUUUGUCUGGCAAGAGAUCCUUCGCCCCGCGCACGAGUUUCUUUUUUCUUUUCCCUCAGUUCGGAUAUCAGAGGGACAGACCAAUUCCCACCAAAUGUAGGGCAGAGUUCUGGUCACCAGAGGGAGUUGUGCUGGGGGCGGGUGGGGGCAGGAGAUUGGCCCAAGCUGAAUAGAGCCCUGUUUCUCCUUUUCCUGCCUUCGUGUGUGUGCACAUCAGAAGGCGUCUGUCCUUGUAAAAUCUCCCUUUGUGGCACAAAUUCCUUGUGCUUCAGAGGACAAAUUAUAGGUAUCGAGGUGACCGGAAGGAAUGGCUUCUUGAGGAGAUGUGUAGAAACGUUCAAAUAUUUGCUCUGAUGGUUGUUGCCACGCGUGUCUGGGAGGAGGGGAAACUGGUCUUUGCGGGGGUCCUCGAGCAGAGAGGUGGAAGCUGAUGGUUGACUGGAUUUUGCCCUUUCUCUGGCACACAAGUAGCUGUGAAAUCAGUCUUGCUACACAAUCCGGUGAUGGAAAGCUUUUAACACUCAAGGCACUUAAAAGUUCCCAUUUGGGUUAGCUGUUUGUCUUUAACAAACGCACAGGCCUCUUUUUACGGAAAUAUCUCUUCCCCCCCCUCCCCCCAGAAUGUAGGAUGUUGGUUUUCUUUCUCUUGGCAGCCAAACCUGCGAAAAGCUCAAGGAAUGUGUUGUCUUUUCCCUCUCGGUGACUAAUGAUCUAGAUUAAGCCCCCCUUUUGAGCCACGUUUGUCAUUUCUUUAAAAUACAAAAACUGGUGUUCGAUUUCUUACGGCACUUUUUUUUUACAGUGAUGUGACUGAACCUUGGACUUCAGUUCUUCAUCUCUGGGUUGCUCAGUUGUCCACUGUGUUAAGUGCGGCAGCCGUUGAAACCCAACACUUUCUGUUUUCUCUUUAAAUAUAUUGUAUAUUGAUAGAAGAAAAGGCAUACCCAGGCUGUGUUAUCAGCCCCUAUAGUUUUUAAUAAGGAAGGUCCUUGAAAGAAAAGCAUAGUUGCUGUCCGGUUGAUAAUGACCAUUCCUGAUGUAAUCCGGUCACCAAACCAAUGGGUCAGACUUUCAGAGCAGACAGAAGCGUAGCCGCCCUUUAUCACUCAAGGGAGAGACUCCCAUCUCUCUAGCCAUUUGUGCUGCUAAUUAAAUUCUGCACCAAAACGUUGGGUUAUAUGAAGCAGGCGCUUCAGUUUGAUAAGCGUGCCAAACCUGGACUCUGUGCAAGUUUUAAGUCCCGAUUCAAGGCAACGUCCCACUCGGUAGCUAGCAGCUAGUCCAGUAACUGCUGGACUAGGCAAAAUAGGCCCACAACUUGUCUGUCAAGCGCUGUUGUAAUUCCAAGCGUACCUCUCGCCUUUGAAAGCAAACGGGGUCGGCCAUCAGCGGAGAGUCCAGAACAUCAUUGUGUCUCUUGUCCUGUGCAGGUUAGGUGGAGUUGUGAAAUCUAAAGGUGGGUGGAUCUCAAGCUGGUUUUGCCCCAGCUAGUUCGCAGGACAGGAGGGGGAGACGUGGCAGGAAUAUUGAACGGAAGAACAAAAAGUAUUGCCCAGCCGCAGUUUGUCCUGCAGUUAGAAAAGAUGAGAGGACUUAAAGCCUGCCCCGCCCCCAUCAAAAGAGCUUUCUUUACAACAAGCGAUGUAAGCCCAUGAUGAAUGUCCCGUCUUUUUGUUACCUCUGACUUGAUGGCGCUCUUCAGUUUGUAUCUCGUAAGAGUUUUUGAAAAGCAAAAAUCGACAGGUCCCACGACUUUAUUUUCUGCAGCUCUUUGUUGCUCGUCUCUGCUUCCGCUGGCAUUUUCACACCUUGGUUCUGUGCGCAAACGUGGUCUCUUGAGAAUUUCCCUCCGAGAGAGCCCGUAAAAACUAGUCGAAUCGAUUUCAAGUGCUCCUUGAAGCGGCAGCAAAUUAGGGCAUCCGCUCCAUUUUAUUAAAAGAAAAAAAAAACUUGCUAUUUUCUUACUUCUAGCUGUGUUAAAAUGUACAUAAAUUUGAGUAAGACCAUAGGAAAUUCACUUUAUGCUUGAUGUUAACAAUGCCACACAGUUAAACUUUGCUUUGUCAUGUUAAUGUUGAAUUUCUUUCCCCCCCCCCCUGCAAAAGGAAUAGUUGAUGGUAUUGUCUGUUCCCUGCUGAAGUUCUGAAGAGUAUUUUGUUUCCUGUGAAAGCCACGGUAGUCUUAAGGAAAAACCAAAUGCAGCCCUUUUGCUGGUAAUAUCAAGCGCAAGGGCUGCAGUUUUCAUAAAGGUUGAUCUACACCUUCCCCCCCCCCCCCUGCCACAAACAGGCUGCCUUAUCCAGCUGCAGUGUGUUUUAGCUUCCUGCGCAUACCUGUGUUGUGCAGAGUUUCACUUCAGUUGCUUCUCUAGAAGGCUUGAGGCGCAUGGUAUAUAGCCUGUCUGCAUCUCACGUGCUCGAUGCAGGCUUCCUUUGCUUCAGAACGCAUCUGGCGCAUUCUUGUAAUUCUGCGGAAGAGUCAUCUUCCCAUUCAGGCUGUUAAAAGACAAGGAGGAGAGCGUUGAACCAAUGGCUGAAAUGGGUUGGGUCACCUGACUUGACGUUCUCUACGAGUUACAAGUUUUGGCUUUGAUCUGAAGUCCUUUUUUUUUACUUCCACAAAGGGCAAGCUUUCUUUCUUAAGGAAGAGAUCCUCGGUUCUCUGCUUCCCAGAGUUUCAGUAGUCGCCUGCUAAAUGGGGAAAGUACCUGCUGGGAACAGACAGCAGCUAAAAACAUUUGUCCCAGUGAAUCCUUCUGUCAUUCAUUUGGCCUUGAAUGUUUCUUUUUAAAAAGUUUAUCCACCUAGUUAUAAAUUUGGAUUUCUUCCAUGCAUAUGAAAGAUGAAUCUUUACUGGACCUGGCACUCUUUCUGUACAGUACUUGUAAAAUAGUUUUCAGCUUUUUUUUGGGGGGGGGGAGAGGGAAGUGUAGCAUCAUUUGGGGGGGGGGUUUACACAAAACGGGGAGUUUACCUGUCCCAAGCCCAUUUCUGCUUCUCACCUCCAGAUUUGCAGGCCAGCAGUCCAUGACUUCUGUGAGCCAAAAGGGAUGCACAACGAAACGUUCGGUUCUGUCACCGGAUCGGCGGUUAACAGCUUGGGAAGGAUUCGUGACAGAUUAAAAAAAAAAUGUGCAGAUGUUUUGGAGAUGGCAGGAAGGGUCUGAUGAGAAUGAGCUGUUUGGAAAAAAAAAUCUGUAAGGCUGAAGGUUUAAGAAAUGGCUGACGUUCCAUAUUGUUAUAAGCCCGCUCUCAGACCUGACAUUUGAACAUGACUUCGUAUAUCUUUCUUGCACCCCCUCUGGGUUCUAGGAAAUUUUAGUGUAUUCCUAUGGCCUUACAAAUAUAUCCCCCCCCACCCUGUGCGAAUAGUACUCGCUUAUCUUAAUGCAAAUAUGCUAAAUUCUGAGAGACCUAGCAUGAGCUCAAAACAGCCCAGGUUUUUUUGGUUGUUUUUUUUUCUACAUGCAGUUUUCUGCUGCACAUGGAAGUACAUUUUUCACUGCUCCCGGGGCGUCAGGUGGAAGAACACCUGCAGAUAACGUGGACGUCAUAUGGUUAACAUGUAAACUCAAUCAUUAACUGUGUACUGAUCCUGUGUAAAAAGAGAAAGGGGUGGCGGGGAGGGAGGGGGGCAUUAUUUCAAUUGAACUCUUUUAUAACUAUGUGCGUCUCAAAAUAAAAUUACAUAAUUAAGUGUU